CUGUCUCCCUCCGAAAUCAAAACAAGAGACACUGCCAUCCACCAUAUCUACCCUCUAUGGGUUCGUCUUGCUGCUGCUGCUGCUUCCCGUGCCUAGAGCCCAAUGACCCCGUUCGAGCGGUGACCUCUCGGUUCCUGUCCCAGCGAAGCUUCCUCUGCUACAAGGUUAUCGCGACCAUCUAUUUUGUGUUCUGGUGCUACUUUUGGCCGUUUGGGGAAGAUAUCGAUGAUGCUCACAAGUUCGUCACCUACUGGGGGUGGUACAUGGCUGCAAUCUAUUUUUUGGUGUCGACGGCAACGGCAUACUCGUUCUUGGGCUCCCCGAUGGCUUCCGACGGCCCGGUUCGAGGGACGCACGCUGUUGCGCCGCAUCGCGGGAACCGGAACCAACCGUUGUCAAGCAACAGGCGGGCUCUCCUUGGCUUUCAGGUCUUCUCCUGGAACGUGGCUUGUGUUGGAUCUCUGGUUAUCGUCACGGUGUUCUGGGUGGCCCUCUUCGACAACACCCCGCUGACGUCCACCGACGUAAACGCCCACAUUCUCAUCGCCCCUGUCAUGGCGAUCGACCAGCUCUUGGUGGCGACGAAGUUCGAGCGAAAGCAGAUGCUGGCCUCCUUCUUGUUCUCGAUUGUGUACGUGGCCUUCAACAUAGUUUUCUUCCUGACGGCCCCCGAGGACGAGAGGGUGAUCUACGGCCAGAUGGACUGGGGGGAGAGCGUCGGCAACUCGGCCGCCUUUGCCGCGGUGGUCACCUUCGUGCUGGUCCCGCUAGGAGGCUUGAUCCACUACUGCGUCUUCAGGCUUCGAGAGUAUAUUUACGAGACUUGCGGUGGCGGUAGCCGGCCAUCUUCUCAUUCUGACAUCGAAGAAGGCGGCGUGGUCACCGCAAUUUUCUCGCGCUGAUGGCCGACGAGAGCAUGAUUGGUUCACUAAGAGGAAAACGCACGAGCUAGCCCCGUGCGGGUCGGCGAGCGUAGGUUUUGGGUGGUGAUCGAAUCCCGAAACAGGUGCUGACAAAACAUCGUUCGCACAAUCGUCAGGUCGACUGUUGAGGGGGGUAGGUAUUAGCAUUUUCGAGGAGGGUGUUUUUUGGUGUGACGAAGUGGUUUUGACUUUGCAGGGGCGCGUAUUGAGCCGUGCGCAAAGGGCUUGUUGGAAUUUCCUGGAAAAAUGCAGGGGAAGCCUGGGUGAUGAAUAUCUGCGCAUUGGCAUUCAUUUUACCCUUCACGCUCUCAGCCGGGUGGCGGAUCAUUAAGCAAUAACGUCGUGUGAUGAGACCGGCGUCUUUGUGCUCCGAAGACAAACGGUGCAGAGAGAAAACAGCGCGUACGAGGGUCUUGUCUGCCGGAAAUAUAUCAGACUGCGUUCGUUCUAACGCCGAAGACCUGGGUUCGUGGGACCGGCGGGGGUUGCGUGGGCAAAGCCGUGGACAUCCACGGGAUUUCCACCCUCGUACCAGUCUGCUCCUCGAUUUGAGUGCUGUCGUAUGGCACCACCUUGAGUCUUGGAGACCGCCGAGAACACGGCCGACGCCUCGCAUUCCCGAAGCCUAAAUUAUCGUCGAGGGAUUUUGAUUCGAAUGCAGACUGUUAAGCAAGCGAUAAGCCUGGACUAUCUUGGAUGCGUGAUUUCCUGUAUCAACAGCAGCAAUUGCAGUAUAAUUCCCGAGGGUUUAUGUGGGUGAACUCAGAAUGAGUUGUUGCCUGUAAGUUAUUUUCGUCGUUAUAGGUGCUGCGAAGCUCAAGGACUCACUGGGUGCGUUUUGCCGGGGGUGGUGAGAAUUUAUUACGCUGUUUUGAAUUUUGAAUGUCGGAAGACGACCAAGUUUCUCGUGUAUCUUGCCUACUUCGUGGUAUUUUUCCUUGAGUUUUUCUCCCAGGGGGAAGGCGGCAGGGGCCAUUAGCCCAGAAUUCCGAUUUGGUUUGUACCCUGUUGUUUCUUCGUGUAACAUUACUUUUUUCGUUGUGCAAGUUGUUGUGUAAGUUUUUUAUCUUUGAGCGUUUGUGAUGGUGUUCUGACCUGCUUUUUAGAAAGUAUUUAGUGUUAUGGAAAUGUUAGCACAUAGCCAGUAUUAUUCGUCAAUGUUCAGUGGCACUGCUCUUGUAUAUCGUAGAUCUCAUAUGUGUCGGUUAGAAUGUCGGUUAGAAUGUAACGUAAGUAUGUGCAUGCGGAGGAAUUACUCUCGCAGUAUUCUCUGCAUGGUGCUUUGUAGCUGAGUAGCUCUCUCGUUUGAUCCUUCCGGAUUGUGUUGGCCACGUAAGCGCCAGUGUUCGAAUUUCUUUACAUCUUU